CAUUCUCUUCAGUUCCCCGAACCGUCGUCUUCUCUCGCCGAAGCUCCGUGCCUUCGUCAUGUCGCAGGACCGCGGCAAGGGUCCGACGCCGGCGGACCCUUCCACGGGCCCCAGGCAAGGUCAUAACACGAAGGCGUUCGAGUCGCCUUUCAAGGUUGAUGCGAAGGUCGACGGGAAGAGAGAUAAUCCAGUGUGGCAUUUCGUCGCGAGAGGUCGUUAUUUGGAUGGCUCCACGGUGGCGGGUAGGAAGCUUGGUCGUCGCUGCCUAUGCAGGUUGUGCGGUCGUUUUAUUUGCGGGGGCGCCAAAGCUUCCAGGGAACACUUCUCGAAGAGCGAGAAGUUCCGAUGCGAGGCGACCACUCUUGCGGUGUGGUAUGCCAUCUGGGCGAAGGACAUGACCAGAUGUCCGAAGGAGUUCGUUUCGGCCAUCGAGUCAUUGCAGAGCUUAGAUUCAGGUCAUCCAAGGUUCCAGUGGCCACCGUUGCGAUACCCCGAGGACUCGGUCCCUCCUCCCGUUUCCAUGACCGCCCCCUCUUGUGCGUCGCCAUUGCCUGGUCUUGCGGCUCCAACUGACGAGGUCACAGCUCCGCUGCCGGCGAAGGCAUGUCCACCACUUCGGCCACAUCCUACAGUAGUCGGGACACCGGGUGCUCGGCAUGAGCAUGUUGGUCGGUCAUUGCCGGCCAACGAGCCCCCAUCUGUUAGGGAGGGUGGAGGCGUUGCGGCAUUUGACGAGGAAAGCACGCGUGCUUUCGUCGACAGUCGCAGGUGGGGGAGGGAUGCGGACUCUUCGGCCGGACUCACCCCUGUGUUCACCGCUGCCAGACAGUCAUCUGCCGCACGGGCUACUAGUGUUGUGGCACCCGCCGCACCUGCCCAUCGUUCGUCGGAGCACCCUUGGCUGCCGCCUCCGCCGUCGCGAGCGGCACGGGAUCAUGUUGUCGGACAUGUCGAUGUGAUGGACAGACCAGAUCCCAUGCACGUGGCUUCAGAUGCUGGACAUCCUGGUCCCCCUUCCCGAGUCGGGGGACAGGCGGUGCCCGGGGUGCCUGCUGAGGAGGUCCUCCCUCCGACAUUGCAGUCGCCCAGAGUGCGGCACCCGCGAAUCAUGAGGUUCCUCGUCGAGAGCGGGAUGCCGUUCAACUGCGCGAAGCUCGAAAGCUUCAAGCGCAUGUUUACAAUGAUCAUCCCGCCGGGGAUUCCCGGGGCGCCCACUCCUAAACUCCCCACCUACCACAUGCUGCGCACGACCCUCUUGGACGAGCUGGAUGCCGAGGUCGAGAAGUGUGUUCGCCCUGUUCUCGACACGUCGAGACAACAUGGUUGCACAAUCAUGACGGAUGGUUGGACCAACAUCAGGGGUCAGACAUUGUGCAACUACCUUGUCGGGACAGAGACAGGGGUAGCGUACGUGGCCACCGACAUCAUGCGCGGCAAGAAGGACGCCCAUGCGCUCGCGACCGCGUGGUUGAACAGGGUGAAGUCCCUGGACGUGAACUUGAGCGACAUCACAGCGUUCGUGACGGACUCCGCCGGGGUGAAUGUUGCGGCGAUGGACGUUUUCCAGAAGAAUGAAAGCGUCAAACACAUCUUCUGGAUUCCGUGUGUCGCCCACGUCAUGGACCUCAUUCUCGAGGACAUCGGCGGGAUUGAUUGGGUGGCUUCCUGCAUAGCUCAGGCGAGGCUGGUGACGAGGUUCUUUAAGCGCCAUGGCCACGCGCGAGAGAUUCAAGAGGGGCACUCGAAGAAGACUCUUCUGCUGCCGACAGAGACGCGUUUUGGAACGAACGUCAUCAUGAUGGAGAGGCUGGUGGACCUGCGGGGAGAGCUGACGAAGGUUAUAGGCGACAAACGCUGGCGUGAGACGGUUUGGUCCACCAACAAGAUCCGCAAGGACGCUACGGAGGUUACUGCGUGCAUCGGGUCUCCUCCGUGGUGGGAGGAUCUGAUAGCUCUGUAUAACAUGCUGCAGCCCAUCAUGGACAUGUUGAGGUUGGUGGACAGCGACACGUGCCUGAUCAACAAGAUUUUGCGCCGUUAUGAGGUAAUGACUGCAUCUUGUUUGUCCGCUUGCAAGGACAUCGAUCGGGACCAGCAGGACGCUAUUCUGGAGGUGUUUGCCAGGCGACGCACCAUGUUCCGGACCCCCGCCCACACAGCAGCCAUGUUGUUGGAUCCCGAGUUCCGGGACCCAACGCUUAUUGACGAUGAUGAGGUGCAGCAGGCAUUGGUCGAGGCCCUUGUCCAGUUCGGCUACCCGGAGGGAUCGCCGCAGCACACAGGGGAGCCGCCUUUCGAUCACGUCACCAUGCGGCGGGCGGUGGAUACCUUUGACCAUCCUGCCAGUUUUUGGUCGCCGAAGAGUGCGAAGUUUCCUCACACGGCCGUGUUCGCCGGCAGGAUCCUCCGCAUUUGGGCGACGGCGUCACCGUGCGAGAGAGCCUGGUCUCGCUGGAGCUUCAUUCAUUCAAAGUCUCGGAACAGGUUGGAGGUCUCUCGAGCUGAGAAGCUUGUCAGGUGCCACUGGAACCUCAGGCUGCUCGAUAGACCUGCGUUGCAUGAGGAUGGAACUGGUGAGAGGCCCGACAUCUUCGGAAAGUGGUUGCAUUAUUGGCAGGCCGUGGAGGACGAGGUCCCCGUGGAUCAUCCGCUCAUCAGAGGCAGUGGAGCACGGGUGAUGGUGAUUGAGGAGGAGUUGACCCACGCCAGAGAGAGGAUGCGCGUCGUUUUCCGCAUGGGAGUCGAGCGUCGGGUGGCGGAGUCCGACAGGCGCCAACGCAGGGCCGGAGGUCGCGGACGAGCAGUGGCCGGAGGAGCGACACGCGGCGACGUGCGUGCAGGGGCGCGGACACGACGACGGCAGGCGGACGAUUUCGUUCGCAAGGCUCGCGUGCRUUGGGACGAGGGAGACUUCCUGUUCGACAGCACGUCCAACGACGACGACGAUUUCUUCGCACGCGGGGGCAUAUGGGAUGACAGCAUUGCAUCUCGUGUGCGUAGACGUCGUGUGCACGUCGCGACCAGGACGGAGGCACAUGUCAUGCAGCAGGACCCGGUCGUCGUGUCGGAGGAUGACAUGGAUGAUCAUCCCGCGUCGUUGGCGCGGGAGGAGAGUGGAGCGGUGGUCACUCGUCCCCGGUCGCAGGAGCCGGCUGUCGGCACCGCAGAGGAGACGCAGCUCCAUCGCAUGCCUUCCACAGAUGUUGUCACGGGCGCGGAUGGGGCGCCUAGGGCGGAGGUCGCCCCUGCAGGAGUGGGUUUGGAGGACGGGGAGGCACCACCCCCUCCCACGACAGGCGGUGGUUUAGAGGACGGAGAGGUCGCACAUAAUCCCGCUUGUGCCCAGGAUGGUCUCGAGUCUGUAUGCUACAGUAGAGAGGAGGUGGUGCGUGCGCUGGCGAGCUGCGGUUACCGCGCUGAGGAUAUCUACGACACAUUGGCGGGAUACCCAGAUAAGUUGCAGCAGGGUGCUGGGCUCCAUUGCCCGCCCGACAGUCUUCCGCGCACUGAUGAGUUACUUGCCAUCGACGCAGCCUUGGCAGGUCUGCCCGAAAUAUCGAUUUUGAUAUCUCCCAGUUUGCCAGACGUGGCGCCACCAAAGGCUGCUCCGCUGGAUGAGACGCAUCACGACACAGGAUCCGACGCGGUCGGCGGCGACACGAGACUGCAUCCUUCAGAGAUCCGCAACUCUCCCGCCGGUUUUCAUGUGGGAGGCCCGUGGGUUGUGGAGCAGGGGUUGGCGGAUGAGGUGGCACGGAACCGCCGUGGUGGGCCGCGUGUUGCAGCGCAACGCAGUCUGGGAGAGUCAUUAGAGGCAGCAUCCGUGGAUCAUGUGGUGCCUGGGGGUCGUGGUUCGCAAGAUUUUUCGGACGACGGGUCGUUAGUCCCAGCACGGGCGGCGCGUCAGCAUGCAGAGCCCCACCCGGGCCCGACGGCGAGGACAGAGGCGCAGGUUCCGGGGGUCGUUCGGUCGGGAGGAUGUGAAGGCACGGGGCGGGAUCUGGCUCAGCCACGGAGCGCAACUGAUGGUCAGCCCGUCGGCGGGGACAGUGAGCAUGGCGGAUCAUCGACCACACACCCUGAUGUUGGAGGGCCCAUCGCACAUGGUGUUCGAGGCGGGCAUGCAGGUGAACCACGACCGCAUCUGCCGGGGAUUUGUCCACCACCCCCGCACCCCCCCGCCGUCGACCCCGCCGCCCAUGACUUGGAUGUGCGUUGUGCAUUGCCGACGAUGUCUUUCUACGAUGGCGCGGGCACGAACCGGAGGGCGGGCGAUACGGGACAUUCAUCAGCAUGUGGACCAACGGAUGUGCCCGCGGGCUUGCGGUUGAUAGGCCAUGUCGAUGGCAGUUGUCACGAGUCCAUGAGAGCUUUUGAGGAGCGACAUGGGAGGCCCAUACGGGCGAAGAUAGAGGACGUUCAUGACACCAGGAUGGCAACUGCGAGGCUAUCUCGGGCGAGGAAGAAGGGGACAGGUACGUCGAUUCCGUAUCACCGGCGCCGCCCGCCACCUAUUUUGCGCUACAGAGAUCAGUCCAGACAGAUGCCGGUGGCUGCUGACGGACAGGCGGUGGCAGACGGGGGUAACGGCGUGGACGGACCAGGGCGAGGCGAGAAGAGAGGAGGCGACUCGAGCAUCAUCCAUGAUGACAGUUCCACAGCCGCUGAGGCCGGCAGACCAAAGGGGCCGACGAUCCUAAUGACUCCGAUUACGUGCCGAGGUUCCGGAUGGCAGAUGGAGAUGACGGUGGAGGACGACGCGUGAGGCAGAGGACAGGACUCGGCCCUCAAGGGCAGUGCACGCCAUCGGCCAAUGUGCCGCUUAUUGAUCGAUGGGCUCGAGCUCGCUCUAUGUUGCCCAGGCAG